CCCAACAUCCCAUCACAUGACUAUAACGCGAACGAAACCCAGAGAUACCGCAGUCGACAGAAAAACAUUAAUUAUAGUUAUUACAACAAACACAAGCGCCCACACCAACAUUUUUUAUUAGUUUAUGUGGCAACACUAGCGUGUUCUUUUUUCUCUCCAAACUCAUAGACACUGACAGAUAGUGCGCACGAAUUUCUUGGGGUCGUGAUCGCCAUUUGUUUUCAAGAAAUGGGUGCUGUGUUUUUCAACUGAGUGGAGGAAGGGGACAUAAAACAAAGUGAACGACCCUGGAGAGAGAGACGGGGGGAAUUGAAAGCCGAACCGGAGCUUUCCAUACGGCAACGGGAGUGGACCGAGAACCGACCCAGGUGUAUCCCACUACUGGAAGGAGGGAGACGGCAAAGCUAUGGCGAAUAUUGCGGUCCAAAGGAUCAAACGGGAGUUCAAAGAAGUUCUGAAAAGCGAAGAGACAAGUAAAAACCAGAUCAAAGUGGACCUGGUGGAUGAGAACUUCACAGAGCUGAGAGGAGAGAUAGCUGGACCUCCUGACACGCCAUAUGAAGGUGGCCGAUUUCAACUAGAAAUUAAAAUUCCAGAAACGUAUCCCUUUAACCCUCCCAAGGUGAGGUUCAUCACCAAAAUCUGGCACCCCAACAUCAGCUCUGUAACGGGGGCCAUCUGUCUGGACAUCCUCAAAGACCAGUGGGCUGCAGCCAUGACUCUGAGAACCGUGCUGCUGUCCCUCCAGGCUCUCCUGGCCGCUGCAGAACCAGACGACCCACAGGACGCUGUGGUGGCCAACCAGUAUAAGCAGAACCCAGAGAUGUUCAAGCAGACAGCCAGGUUAUGGGGUCAUUAUUACGGUGGAGCCCCGGUUCCCGGCCCUGAGUACACACGCAAGAUCGAUAAACUCACUGCCAUGGGCUUCGAGAAGAAUGCUGUAAUAGCGGCCUUGUCUUCUAAGUCCUGGGAUGUGGAAACGGCAACAGAAUUGCUGCUUAGCAACUGAGACCCAGCUAUGACCCCGCCUCUGACUCAUUAACCCCACCCCUUCUUAUUGCACCCACAGAUGCCUUUUCCCCAAACCCACCCCAUAGUUUGACACAACUUGCAUCCUUUUUUUCAAUGCGCCCUCCUAAAGAAACUCUUUGAAAGAGAACAUCAGAGACCUGCGGCUUUCUCAUUCAGUAGGCUUUGGAGGGAGAGGUGGGAACUAGUCAUUUACUAAAGGCUCCAGUAUCCCUCUAGCUCGGUCCCAUCAGACAUUCGUAUAUUGCUUGGCCUGAUUGUCCCUCCUGUCCUGCUCCGAUCCGUUAGGGCAGAACCCAAUCACCUGCUGACUAGUUGACCCUCAUUGGGAGAGACUUUAGAACACGGCCGGCCCACUGAGACAUGUCAUUGGGAGAGACUGUAGAACACGGCCCGCCCACUGAGACAUGUCAUUGGGAGAGACUGUAGAACACGGCCCGCCCACUGAGACACGUCAUUGGGAGAGACUGUAGAACACGGCCCGCCCACUGAGACAGACUGAAGGACAAGGAAUUAUCUGUAAAUAGAUAUGUUAAAGGCUUUGUACAUUGAUGAUAUGCAGGGAAAUACUUUAGUUUUUCUUACUGGAUAUAUUUAUUAUUGUUGUAAAACAAUCUAUUUUAAAAUUGAACUAUGGUUUAGUCUACUUACCCUUCUAAGGAAUGAGAACAUCUAGACUUGUUUCCUAUUCGGUUGACCAACCAAUCAGCUGGUCUAAUUUCUCCUGAUUGGUGUGUUUUUAGUUUGACUCCUUUUUCAUCUCAUCUGAAAUGUCUUCAUACCCAACAGUUCAUAAAACCCUAACUGGAACAACUCCCAACAGAUUCAGUAGAAAUAAAGACUGGGUCCAGCUC